AUGGAGGGCCUCCUCAUCAACGGCGACCGCCACCACGGCAGCUACCCAAUCCCCAUGUCGUCUGUGCGCACAUUGCAGCGCGACUCUUCACCAGCAGCGUACUCUCCCCCUGCGUCUCCUCAACCACCACACCCGGCUUCGUCCAAGGGCCACGGCAACCCUCCAGACCCAACACGUCACGACGGCAGCCCCAAGAAGGACCACAAGGACAAAAAGGACAAGGACAAAAAGGACAAGCACAAGUCCAAGUCGCACCGGGCUUCCUCCCCCAUCGCCCACACCAGUCCCCUGAGCCGCGUCGCAGACUUACCGGGAACGUCGCCAGCGACCCGCCUGCCCGCGGCGUCUUCACUCGCGGCAACAGCUCUCAAACUCGCCCAAGCCCAACAGCGUAUUGACGAGGCUGAGGCGGUGCAGGAGGGACACGGCCACGACGGCGAGGAUGUCGACCAGGGGAGCAAAGGGGCGCGCAAGCGUGCCGACAAGGAACACGCGCGCCGGAUGGCCGCUGGCUUGCCCUCCGAGUCGAUCGCCGAGGCCGCCGCGCGCGAGCGGGCCCGUAAGGAGAAGAAGCGGAGACACGACGACGAAGGAGGGGAUGCGGACGAGGACAAUGCGCACGCCCAUGCCCAUGCCCAAGCCCGAGUGACGACGCCCAAGAAGAGCAAGAAGCACAAGCACGACGGCGAGGUGCGCCCCGAGACGCCGUACGCUGGCCCGUCGCGCAGCGCUGCCGACAUGUCAAUCGACAUGCUGGUCGGCGAGCGUCCGCGCAGCAGGAAGGGCAAGAAGGCCGCCGCAGCCCUCGCUGCCGCUGCCGCCGUGGGAGAGACGGGCGACGAUGGCGAGCGCCCACGCAGCAAAAAGGACAAGAAGCACAAGCACGGGGACCGCACGGUCGCCAACGUGAUGAGCGUCGGCGCCAUCCUCGUCACACCGUACCAGCCGCCUGAGCCGCUCCCGGCUGUCGACGCCGAGCCCGAGAGGCCCCGCAGCAGCAAGAAGGAAAAGAAGUCCAAGUCUCGCACGGUUGAGAACACUAUGAACGUCCGCGCCCUCCUCGAGACGCCGGCCGCCACGUCACUCAACCUGCCUCCUUCGCCCGCGCAGCCCGUGGAUGUGCCCAUGGUCGUCAACGAGGCCGAGGCCGAAGGCGAGAGUGAGGUCGAGGGCGGGGAGCCUUCCGAGAGCAAGGAGGCGCGCAAGGACCGUAAGCGUGCCGAGAAGAAGGAAAAGAAGCGCAAGCUUGCCGAAGAGGACGCGGAGCGCGAAGCGGAGCAGCGCAAGAAACAGCGCAAGCUGGAGAAGAAGGAGCGCAAGGAAAAGGAGCGCAAAGAGAAGGAACAGCAGCAGCAGCAGCAGCAGCAAGCGGCGCAGGACUCGGACAGCGAUGUCGGUCCUGACCCCUCCGCCAUCCUCCGCGGUGCCACGUCUUCUGCACGCGCCGCUCGUGCGGCGCGCACUGCUCAGGCCGCCGACACCAGCACCACCACCGACAGCCCGACGCUCAAGAAGCGCAAGGAGCCCGUCGCCAAGAAGCAGGCGGAGCCCAAGGACGCGAACGCGCCAAAGGCCGUUCGCGGCCCCCGAGGACCCUAUAAGAAGACGACGGAGCGCGAGGGCAAGAGCCAGGAGGACGUUGACGGUGCGCUCCGCGACGAGCUGGCCGUCAAUGGCGCCAUGCACGACUACCUCGCGUCCAAGUGGAUCGACAUCAAGGAGCUGCAGCGUCUUGAGGCUGCCGGCGUGCUCCAGUACAAGCGUGGCCGGUUCACCGAGACAGAGCGUGCUGCACUGCGCGACCACCUGGACACAUUCAGGCGGGCGAACCGCCUGACGGACGACGAGCUGCUGGAGAUCAUCAUGACCAAGGGCAAGACUGCUGGUCGCGUCCCGUAUCCCAAGUUUUACCCCGAGCUCGCCACUGCUGUGCCUGGCCGGCCUGUUCGUUACGUCAAGGAGGCCGUCAAGCGCAUGUUUGACCCGACGGCACGCAAGGGCGCGUGGUCCAAGGAAGAGGACGCCGACCUGCUCGCCGCGUAUGAGAUGCACCCCAACGAAUGGACCAAGGUCGCGCUCGCGGUCGGGAGGAACGAGAUCGACUGCCGUGAUCGCUACCGCGGCGAGCUCAAGGACCGCGAGGGCCGGGCCAAGGGCGCAUGGUCCAAGGAAGAGGUCGAGCAGCUCACCGAGGCAGUGACGGAGGCGCACGCCCAGCUCGGCACCGAAGUGACGGACGCCGACACGCCGUGGCAAGUCGUCGUGACGCUCAUGGGCGGCGCGCGGUCCAUGACGCAGUGUCGCAAAAAGUGGCAAGACUCCAUCCUGCCCGGCCUGCGCGCCAAGGCUGCCGAGAAGGGCGGGCAGCUCAAGACCACCGUCACCCGCAACGAGCUGCUCGCCCGUGUCCGCCGCCUCAAGCUCCAGCACGAGCGCGACAUCACAUGGGGCACCGUCAUGGGUCCCGGAUGGUCCGUCACCCCCGUGGCCGUGCGCGGCCUGUGGCACCGGAUGAAGAAGGUCAUCGACGGCGUAGAGGACAUGAGCUUUGACGACAUCCUCACUGCGAUGGAACGGUGCGAGAACGACAAGGCCAACAAGACCAAGGACAGGGAGGACAAGAAGAACGGCCGGCCGAGCAAGAGCCAGGCCAUGGUGCCCGACGACGCCGACGCCUCGGACGUCGAAGAGGCCUUUGACGUCGAUGUGGAGUGA